AUGUCGACUUCAUACUCGAUGCACAGAACCGUUACAACUACAUCCACCUCUCAAGGGUACGGAUCAGCCAGCCAUGCAGCUGAAGAAUUCGUCGCCGCUGCUGAGCGUGAGAAGCAAGAAAUGCAACAAUUGAACUCUCGCCUUGAGGCAUACAUCAGCCGUGUCCGUCAGUUGGAGGAUCGUAACAAGGAACUCGUCAUUGAAUUGGAUUCUCUUCGUGGAUCCCUUGGAAAUGACAUCGGACAAAUUAAGUUCAAAUUCAAUGACUCACUCGUCAAAGUUCGUCGUGAUAUCAGUGAAGCUCAUGCUGGAACAAUCGGAGUUGAGGUCAAGGUCAACCGUUUGAGAGAUGAUUUGAACGAUUACAGACACAGAUACGAGGAGGCUCGUCGUGAAGUCGAAAGAGAGAAGACCACUUGGGGAGGAGCUAUUUCUCAAGCUCAAGCUGAACUUGACACAAAUAAGUCCCGUUAUGCCGCCAUUUUGGACGAGGAGAAAAGAUUGUAUGCCGAGCAAGAUCAACUUUAUCUUCAACUCGCUGCCGCCAAGGACGAGCUUGAUGCGGCUAUUGCUGACCGUCUCCGUCUUCAAGCUGAAGAAGAUGAUCUCAAGAUUGAAUUGGAAUUCUUGGGAAGAAUCCACGCUCAAGAGAUCACCGAGCUCCGUGCUCUUCUUGCUCAGGCCCCAGCUGACACCAGAGAGUUCUUCAAGAACGAAUUGGCCCUUGCCAUCAGAGAAAUCAAGGCCGAGUACGACAAGAUCAUCCAAACCACCAAGGUUGAUCUCGAGACUAUCUUCCAAACCAAGAUUGCCGCCGUCGAGGCUUCAGUUGCCUCCAAGAACGAGGCUGCUACCUUCCGUCAAGAAGAGAUCAGAAAGAUGAAUGAGAGCAUCACCUCAUUGAGAGCCAAGCUUUCAGAGCUCGAGGCCCGUAAUGCUGCUUUGGAGAGAGAAGCCAACACCCUCCAGAUCCAACUCGGAGAAGACCAGAGAGCAUACGAAUCAGAGCUCGCUAAGAGAGACAGUGCCCUCCGAUUCAUGCGUGAGGACUGCCAGACUUUGAUUGCUGAACUUCAAGCUCUUCUCAACACCAAGCAGACUUUGGAUACUGAAAUUGCCAUCUACAGAAAGCUUGUUGAGUCUGAAGAAGGAAGAUUCAAUCACAUUGGACAGGGGGUUGUAGUUCAACAACAGGAAGUUCAAAGACAUCAAGGGGGCUCUUCUUCUAUCGUAAUGUCUGAUCAACGUCAUUCUGAGAGCCACCAUCACCAUCAACAACACCAGGAUGUUUAUCCACAAGGAACAUUGAGAUAUUCUCAACAACACGAAGCGAACAUUGGUCGGGGUACAACUGUAUUCAUUCCUGAUAAAAGAGUUGGAACAUACGAACAAGACACUUAUGACUCUGGAGAGGUUCAAACUCGUUCCACUUUCAAGAGACACGCCAAGGGAAAUGUGAGCAUUGUUGAGUGCGAUCCAACUGGAAAAUACAUUAUUCUCGAGAACACCAGCGGAAACAUUGCCGAAGACGUCAGCCACUUCGAAAUCCGUCGUGUCAUUGACAAGACUCCAUCCUUCACUUUCCACCUUCCAGCCCACUCCGUCAUUCACCCACAUGGACACCUCAAGAUUUACGGACGUAAUACCGGCGGAAUCCACUCUCCUCCAGAUUCAAUUGUAAUGGAAUCUUAUCCAUCAUGGGGACAAGGAACAGUUGUUGAAACCUACUUGUACAAUUCUCAUGGAAUUGAAAAGGCUUCUCAUAUCCAGACGACGUCUGCUUCUUCUCGUUAA